UGUCAUAUAGGAUGAGAGAAAGAGAUUGGAGUGAAGGGGUGAAGAAAUAGGGUAAAAAAUGAGGUAUAUAUAGAUUGUAAAAAGGGGAAGAAAAAAAUUAAAAUCGACCGUCGAGGGUAGAAUCGGCAAUGUCAACACAAUAGCGCCGAUAGGGCUUGAAGACGGUGGUAAUACACUGUGUGUGUCUAUGCUCCAUUUUCUUUUUCUCUUCUCUAUAAGUAGUGCAUCUCCUUGCCAUUGUCUGUGUUGUUCACCAUUAACCAUCCCUCUAAUGUUAGAUUCAUUUGUUAGACUUUGGUUUUGACCAACUGUUUGAUUAGGAUAUUUAAUUUGCCGUUAUGAUGUUGUGUUUAAAGCAAUGAUGGAAAGGGUAUGAUCAUAGACAGGCAUGUUGUAGUGGGAUGAUGUGUGAAGAAAGAAAGAGUCUUUGAAGAUUUGGAGAGGUAGAGAGAAAAAAGGUGGUAAUGAAUAAUGAACAAAAUGGGGGGCUCCAUUGGCCUUAGUGGAUUGGAAAAAUAAGCUGCAUUGUCAAGCAAAGCAAUAUCACCAUCUCCUACCAAACCAUUUCUCCAUCUCACUUCAUCAUUCUCCUCCUCUUCUUUCUCACCUACUUCACACUUCCCACUUUGUUUCCCUUCCAAGCCAUGCUCUUAUAUUGAUAUGAAUACUACAUGAAUUCUUUCUUGUUUAGACUUGGAACAUGGAGUCCUUAAACAAAGGUGGUGGUGGUGGUGGAUUCAUUCUCAAAAUCCAUGUGCACCACGCCAGGAACAUCCACAACAUAUGCAUCUACGAGAAGCAGGACGUGUACGCCAAAUUCUCCCUCACCUACGACCCGGACCACACAAUCUCCACCCCCAUCAUCAGGGGUGGGGGGAGGAACCCGGACUUCAACGAAGAAGACAUGGCCAUCAACGUCACCCAGGCGGACGCCGUCCUCAAAUGCGAAAUCUGGAUGCUGAGCAGGGCCAAGCACUUGAUGGACGACCAGCUCCUCGGCUUCGCAUUACUCCCAAUCUCUUCCCUCUCUCUUAACAAAAGCCUCACUCAAGAUUUCCACCUUUCCUCGACCGACCUCUUCCACUCCCCUGCCGGCACCAUCAAGCUCUCCCUUCUCUUAAACACAAUUAACACUCCCCUCACCACUCCUACUAUCAACACCUCCUCUUCUUCGCAUGACAACGACAGCAUCAUCCUCGUCUCGGAGGACUACUGCAGGAUGGAGUUCCCUGACGUCAGCGUGGCGGAUCAGAACCGGCAGAUGGUGACGGAGUACUUCGCGAAGAACGGAGCGGCGCCUGUGAGGCCGUGGGACGGGUCGUUCCUCCACCUCGGGGCGGGGCCGGAGGAGUACGAGAACUCAUCGGAGGGGAGCUCGUCGGGGAUGACGAGCCUGAGCGAUGAUAGGAACACGGGGGAUUCGAUUGAGGAGGAGGUGAUGCAGAAGCAGAUAGUGGAGAUGUAUGUGAGGAGCAUGCAGCAGUUUACGGAGUCGCUUGCUAAGAUGAAGCUGCCUAUGGAUUUGGAUAAGGAUGAGAAUGAGAAGAAGAAGAAGAAGAAGGAAAAGGAUAGUAGUUGCAGCAGGGUGUUCUAUGGCAGCAGGGCUUUUUUCUGAAUUACUAUGUGUAAUGUGUGUGUUGAUUACUUGAUUUAGAUUUAUUUUCUGAAGUGGUUGCAUUUUGAUUGUUGAAGGUGCUGAAUAAGAUCAUUUCACUCUUCCCAUCUUCA